UUCCUGACGCAGGGACGGAGCCCUCAUCACCUGCAUUGCAGGCAGAUUCUUUACUGCUGAGCCACUGGGGAAUCCUUGAAAGUAAGGAUCCCAUGUAUUUAUUUAAGACCCAAAAGAUACAACAAUCUAUUCUAGAAAACCAAAAGUAAAAGUGGAUCUCUAACUCUAACAAGCUCACAGACACUGACAGCUCUAGUAGAAACAAAUAUUGUUGUUUAGUCGCUCAGUCAUAUCCGACUCUUUGCGGACCCCAAGAACUUCAGCAUACCAGGCUUCCCUGCCCUUUGCUAUCUCCUGUAAUUUGCUCAAACUCAUGUCCAUUGAGAAACACACCCAGCACUGCCAAUGCAAGGGAAUGCCGGGGGAAGCUAAGGAAGCUUUCACAGAAGAGUAGGGUUUUGGAGGAUAAAGAGGGGCCGGAUGUUGACUGUGGGGAAACGUACAAUGGUUAGAGAGACACGUUGUGAGAACAAACGAAACGAGCUCUUUAAGACACUGCGGAGGCCUGGUUACAGGUUAACUCUAGCUGGCUUGGCCUGAAGCCGCCCUGCAGAAUGACAUCACAGCUCUCAGGUUACUCGGACGCAGGACAUUUACUGGCUGAGUUAAUGAGGAGAAGGAAGUCCGCGGAGCUCCCCGCUGCUUGCUCAGGACAGGGAAGCCAUGCAGUGCCCAGAGGCCGGGAAGCCUAUCAUCAAGUUCAACCACUGUCAGAAGUAUGUCUACAGCUUCGGGGUGCCGAGGCGCUGCCCCCUCUGCGGGCAGGACGUGGGCUCCAGGAGGCUGGAGGAAGCGCCCGUCAGCAUCUCUGAGCCGUUUACCAACGGCCAUCGGGAAAAGUGCUCCUUCCUCCUCAGGCCGACUCGAGGGACGUUUCUCAGGGAGUAUGACGGAAGGUCUGAUCUUCACGUGGGAAUAACCAGCACGGGUGGAGUCGUGUAUAACUACACGGUGCACGGUGUCCAGCGAGACGAGGUGGGCUGGGAGCAGAGUGUGAGCGUCCCCCUCCUGCAGCCGGGCCUGUUUGGACUGCUGGACCAGUGGGACAAGUACCUGCAGGACUUCUCCGCCACGGGGGCCUGGCUGCCUCACAGGUAUGAAGAGGAUCACCACAACUGCUACAGCUACGCCCUUGCCUUCAUUAACUGCGUCCUGGCCACAGAGGGCGAGGAGCCGCUGGACCGAGAGGAGUUCACGGAGCGGUUCGUGGUCCCAAGGACGAGGAGGGCUUCCAAGUACAUCAUGCUCUACCACGCGAUCGAAGAGCAAGGCUUCUAUGUCACUGACCCCCCUAGUCCCCAGACGGGCCCAGGCCCAGGAAGCGGCUCGUGCUGAGCGCGCGCGGUGCUUGAGAGUGGACGGGACAGGACGGGGCGUCUGGGGGUUCCUGCCUGGAACAAGACGCUAGGUUUCUACAUGUCUUAAGCUGUGGUUAAUAAAAAAAGCUACAGCUUUCCUUUCUGCCCGUUUCAGCCUACUGCAGUGAAAGAAUUUACGAAAUGAAUAAAAACGGCCCUGGGUUUUCAAAGCUG